GUUUCCAGCAAGCGGCAGAAAACCGGAAGCAGACCGAUUUCCCCACUGAAGAAGAAGAAUAACAACAACAAUGGCGGCGCAGUGAAGCAGCUUCAGAGACUUUAAGAACUUCAGGGACUUUAAGGACUUUAAACAGUAGCUGUGAUGCCGGCUCGGCCCCUGGUCCAGGUCCUGCGUCUGGGCCUGAGGUCCUUCCCGGAGACAGAGGUCCUGCAGCAGCAGCUGGUUAGCCAGCACCGGUCCGGCCCGGCCCACACUCUGCUGCUGGUCCAGCACCCCCCCGUCUACACCACCGGCCUGCGGCACGCCCCGUACCCCGGGCCCCUGCUGGAGGGCCUCCGCCAGCGGGGGGCCGACGUGCAGCGCAGCAACCGGGGGGGGCUCAUCACCUUCCACGGGCCGGGGCAGCUCGUCUGCUAUCCCAUCCUGCACUUGGGCAGCUUCAAGAAGAGUGUGCGUUGGUAUGUGUGUGAGUUGGAGCAGACCAUCCUCUCCGUCUGCAGCCGGUUCGGCCUCGAGGCGUCGACGUCUCCUCACACCGGAGUCUGGGUCCGAGACAACAAGAUCUGCGCCAUCGGGAUCCACUGCAGCCGAUACGUCACGUCUCACGGUCUGGCUUUGAACUGUAACACUGACAUGUCGUGGUUCGACCACAUCGUGCCGUGUGGCAUCGAGGGCAAAGGUGUGACGUCGCUGAGCGCCGAGCUGCAGAGGGACGUCAGCGUGGAGGAAACCAUCCCCCACCUGCUGGACGCCUUCAGGGAGCGCUUCCACGUCCAGCUGACGGACACACCUACACCGGACAAUGAGCGGGGGGGAGGAGGAUCGAUGCCGUAGAACCUGACCUCAGACAACACGUGUCAGAUAACAUGCUGCUAACAUGUUAGCUCAAAACUUACAGAGCGGGAUGGAGGAGGGUCGACAGCGGGAUAAUUCAGUGUGAACUGGUUUAAGAUUUGAUUUGCAACACUCUUUAUGUGAGAAGCUCCAAAGCAGCUCCGAAUGAGUACCUUCAAUUAAUGGUUCGGGGUUAAACACACAUCUGAGUUGAUAGAGGUUUAAUUUGUGGGCUCUAAUGGCGUGUUUCUUCAUGUAUUCAGUACACACAAUAUCAUAAGGCUGUUAGAAAGAUAAAUGAAGGAUCUUUAAUGGGUUUUUUAAACUAAAGGUCCUUUAAACCAACAAACCUCAUCUCAGGGACCAGGGGCCACAUAUAAUGAAACCAGAACGCCUCGUUCUACAUUUCUGUUUGUUCACAUGUUGAAUAUACAUUAUUAAAAGUAUAAAUGUGUGUAAGGUAAAUAAAGUGUCUUUAAUUUAUAAACAA